AUGUCGACUACAAACCCUAGGAUGUCGAGUGAGCGGUUGGAGCUGGAGCAAAAAAAGAAUUUGAUCGUUCCAAAAAGUGAAGUAGAGGAUCCACAGAACGAUGAGAAGGCAGUUGUGAUGACAAAUGAGUUGGACAGUGUCGAGCAUUUUUAUCCGAGUUCAGAGGACAAUGCUGGAUUCUUCAGUGGGAUUUUAUUCUCGUAUGUAGGGACUUACUGGAGUAGGACGAAACACGCCAAGACUGAUGCUGAAUUAUUGGAGAAACCGUCAAAAAAGAUCACCGCUGCUCAUGCGUCUGCGAGACUUGAGAGUGCUUGGAACACCCCUGAUGCAAAAGGCCGUCACUUUCUAUAUGGUGUCUAUGUAGCUAUCAGAUCCGCUGUGUUCCUUCAUGCAUUACUCCUAUGUUUGGAAGAACUGACACGUGUUGCCCAACCACUGCUUCUCCGAGAACUGAUGAGCCACUAUGAUUUGAAGGAUGGAGAAGUAUUUGCAUUCUGGUCAGCUUUGACUGUUGCUGUUAUAAUCUCGGUCCUGUCUUUUGUCACUGUCGUUAUCCACCAUCCCUACUUUCAUGGACUUCUCAAUGUUGGAAAUCAGAUGAAAGUUGGAACCGGUGUUCUCCUCUACAAAAAGGCUCUUCGGCUCUCUCUUGGAUCAUUGGCGGAUACCAACAGUGGACAGAUCAUCCAGCUUCUGAAUACGGACGCCGCUAAGCUCGAGCAGGCAUUUCUUUUUGCACAUUACGUAUGGCUAUGUCCUCUUCUGAUGUUCUUCUACGGAUUCAUUCUCUGGUACUAUUUCGGAAAUUCUUGCCUUCUUGGAUUCAUUGUCAUGAUGCUUAUUGUCACCUUCCAAGUUCAUUUUUCGUACCAGCUCGGAGUCAACCGUAAAAAUAUUGGUGAUCGUAUGGAUGAUCGUUUGAAAGUGAUGAGUGAACUGAUUAACGGUAUGAGAGUUAUCAAAAUGAUCUGUUGGGAGAGCUCGUUUGCCGACAAAAUCCUGGAGCUUCGGAAACGUGAGAUUACCGCUGUCGGAAAAACGUCUUACUAUUCUGCAAUGGUGAUGGGAAUCUACUUCAUUUCCGCAAAAAUCGGCUUGUUCGUCUACAUAUUUUCCUGUCUGUACUCAGGGGAAGAUCUAUCAACAAAAAGUGUUUUUGCUGCCUCAGCCUUGUACAACUCUGUUCGUUUGCCCUUUGCGCUAUUCUUACCACUCGGUUUGCUGUUUGGAAGGGAAUUGAUUUCUACAAGUCGUCGCAUCAAUUGCUUUUUUAAACUUCAUGAAUUCUCGAGAACACCAAAAUCUCGAGAUUCUGAAGACAAGUCAAACGUUAAAGAGGAAAAAAUAGCAUUAACUUCCAUGGAAACUCCAGCCAGUUGGAUUUUGGAUGACACUAAAACGGAUACACCAUCGAUUCAUUUGAAUGACGUGACGUCUGUCUGGUACGACGAUGAUGAGGCAGAAGAACAGGAGAAUCUCAAAGAAUUGAAGAAAUCGGACGAUAAUGAAGAAGAUGUCGAUACAAACGAGGCUAAUCCAUCAUCCAGUGUCGUUUAUGGUAUUCAAGAUGUCACGAUAGUCUUGAAAUCUGGAGAAUGCUACGGUAUAAUUGGUUCAGUGGGAAGUGGAAAGUCCUCUCUCUUACUCACUAUGCUGUCAGAGGCUAAAAUGUCAAAAGGGCGUAUGGAAGUUCACGGAUCAAUUGCAUAUUGCGCUCAAGAGCCAUGGACUUUUACGGGAACUGUUCGAGAUAACAUUCUCUUCGGAAACGAGUACGAUGCUGAACGAUACCAGAAUUCUUUGGAGUUGUGCCUUUUGAAUCAUGACCUUCGCCAGCUUCAAAAUGGAGAUAUGACGGUGGUCGGUGAUAAUGGAUCGACUUUAUCUGGAGGACAGAGAGCAAGAGUUGCUCUUGCCCGAGCAGUGUAUGCCGAUGCUGAUAUCUAUUUGCUCGACGAUCCAUUGUCAGCUGUCGACGCACAUGUUGGAAGGAAAUUAUAUGAAAAUCUUAUCCGAGGAUUCCUAUCGGAUAAGCUUGUUGUCCUCGUCACUCAUCAGAUCCACUUCCUCGAAUUCAUCCAUUUGCAAAUUUCUGCAUCCGAAGAGGACAACAAUGACGAUGAGCUGUACAAACACGAGAAAACUCCAGAUUCUCCCCCACCGACUCCAAACAAGGCAAAGCAAACCACUGACGAUGAGAUUUUCAACAACAUGAGAGAAAUGUCUGUUGAGAGAAGUGAAUCAGAUUCUAAGACCUCUAGAAAGAACACAGAUGCAAAUAUGGAGGCUAGGAAAAAUGGGAGCAUCUCUUGGAUGGUGUACUGGCGAUACACUCAUCAGCUUGUGGAUUUGGAUGAGUGGAAUGCAAACAACAGCACCACAAAAGAAGAGUUCUACAGAAAAAUUGCUUUCCUCGGAGUCACGUAUCGAAUCACUUUCAAAGAUUAUGAAAUUUCGUUUAUAGUCAUCACUGUCACGGUAUCACUUCUUGGAGUCAUUCGAUCUGUUUGGUUCCGGUAUGCUCAAUUGAAUGCGUCUCGAGUUUUGCACAGUUCGAUGUUUGAUUGUGUCCUCAACGCUCAAUCGGAGUUCUUCGAACGCAAUUCGGAAGGAGCAAUCUUGAACCGUUUCUCCAAAGACAUUGGCUUGUGUGACGACAUGCUGUCUUUCUGCUACUUUGAAUUCGUCUUUGGUGGCUUGACGUUCCUCGGUAUCGUUGGAUUGGUUACAAUGGUCAAACCUAUUGUCCUUUUUGCUUGCACUCUCAUCACUUUCGGUUUUUACUACUGUAGAAAAAUUUAUGUAGUGAGAUCCCGAGAGUUGAAAAGAAUCGAAGCUGCGGGUAAGCUCUUCUACUCGCUCCCCACGAAUACAAUCAUCACUUCUACAGUUCACGGCUUGGCCACGAUUAGAGCUUUCCGUAAGGAAGCCGAGAUGAUGGAGAAAUUCUGUUCCCUUCAUGAUGUGUACAUGGCUGCAUACAACAUGAGUCUUCUGUCGGCCAGGUGGUUUGGAAUCUGUAUUGACCUAUUAGUUUCAGUAUUCAUCUCAAUUGUCGCUAUUGUGGUUGUUCUACAAUAUGAAACGAUGACAGUCGGAGAAGUUGGAUUGUGCCUUGUGUGCGCUGUUCAGCUGAGUGGCUUUUUCUCGUGGAUAAUGCGGCAGAGCGCGGAAUUGGAGAACGGAAUGGUUUCAAUUGAGAGAAUCUUGGAGUAUACCGAAUUGAAGUCAGAGGAAGAUUUGAGACGACCACACGACACAUACCUGGAUGACUCACUCAAAAACGCUUGGCCAACUAAAGGACAGAUCGAAUUUGAAGACGUUCGAGUCAAAUACGGAGAGACCUAUGUACUCAACAAUUUGAGUUUUGUUAUCCUUGAAGGACAAAAAAUCGGAGUUGUCGGUAGAACCGGUGCUGGAAAAUCCACGCUCAUUAAAGUCUUGUUUGGUCUCAAAGAAUACUGUGGUGGACAGGUCAGAAUCGAUGAUGCAGACUUGGAUAGCAUCAGUCUCAAAUUUCGACGAGCUGGCAUGGCUAUAAUUCCACAGGAGCCAGUCAUCUUCUCCAGAACUAUCCGAGAGAACUUGGAUCCAUACAAUCAGUACUCAGAUGCCGAUAUUUGGAAUGCAUUGGAAAAGUGUGAGCUCAAAUACACUAUCGCCAGAGACCGAGGACUCGAUGUCACUCUUGGACUUCGUGGUGUCAACCUAUCAGUCGGUCAACGCCAACUCUUCUGUCUCGCUCGUGCCAUGCUCCGCAAAUCUAAGAUCCUUGUCAUCGACGAAGCCACUGCCAAUGUCGACGGAGUUACGGAUGCGUGCAUUCAGAGAACCAUUCAGGAAAGCUUCAAACACGCUACCGUAAUUACUGUUGCUCACCGUUUGCACACCAUUAUGAACAGUGAUAGGAUAAUGGUAAGAGGGAGAAAUUUCGGCAACAUUCCGGAAACAAACAAUGUUCGCAACUUGCAGGUGUUCGAAAAAGGAGAGCUUUAA